AUGCCAAUGAUAGGGUUUUCGGGCCAUCUACUACCAUCGUAUUCCCUCUCAGCUACCAUCGUAUUCCCUCUCAGCUACCAUCGUAUUCCCUCUCAGCUACCAUCGUAUUCCCUCUCAGCUACCAUCGUAUUCCCUCUCAGCUACCAUCGUAUUCCCUCUCAGCUACCAUCGUAUUCCCUCUCAGCUACCAUCGUAUUCCCUCUCAGCUACCAUCGUAUUCCCUCUCAGCUACCAUCGUAUUCCCUCUCAGCUACCAUCAUAUUUUCUCUCAGCUACCAUCGUAUUCCCUCUCAGCUACCAUCGUAUUCCCUCUCAGCUACCAUCGUAUUCCCUCUCAGCUACCAUCGUAUUCCCUCUCAGCUACCAUCGUAUUCCCUCUCAGCUACCAUCGUAUUCCCUCUCAGCUACCAUCGUAUUCCCUCUCAGCUACCAUCGUAUUCCCUCUCAGCUACCAUCGUAUUCCCUCUCUGCUACCAUCGUAUUCCCUCUCAGCUACCAUCGUAUUCCCUCUCAGCUACCAUCGUAUUCCCUCUCAGCUACCAUCGUAUUCCCUCUCAGCUACCAUCGUAUUCCCUCUCAGCUACCAUCGUAUUCCCUCUCAGCUACCAUCGUAUUCCCUCUCAGCUACCAUCGUAUUCCCUCUCUGCUACCAUCGUAUUCCCUCUCUGCUACCAUCGUAUUCCCUCUCUGCUACCAUCGUAUUCCCUCUCUGCUACCAUCGUAUUCCCUCUCAGCUACCAUCGUAUUCCCUCUCAGCUACCAUCGUAUUCCCUCUCAGCUACCAUCGUAUUCCCUCUCAGCUACCAUCGUAAUUCCUCUCAGCUACCAUCGUAUUCCCUCUCAGCUACCAUUGUAAUUCCUCUCACUACCAUCGUAUUCCCUCUCAGCUACCAUCGUAUUCCCUCUCAGCUACCAUCGUAUUCCCUCUCAGCUACCAUCGUAUUCCCUCUCAGCUACCAUCAUAUUUUCUCUCAGCUACCAUCGUAUUCCCUCUCAGCUACCAUCGUAUUCCCUCUCAGCUACCAUCGUAUUCCCUCUCAGCUACCAUCGUAUUCCCUCUCAGCUACCAUCGUAUUCCCUCUCAGCUACCAUCGUAUUCCCUCUCAGCUACCAUCGUAUUCCCUCUCAGCUACCAUCGUAUUCCCUCUCAGCUACCAUCCUACCAUCGUAUUCCCUCUCAGCUACCAUUGUAAUUCCUCUCAGUUACCAUCGUAUUCCCUCUCUGCUACCAUCGUAUUCCCUCUCUGCUACCAUCGUAUUCCCUCUCUGCUACCAUCGUAUUCCCUCUCUGCUACCAUCGUAUUCCCUCUCUGCUACCAUCGUAUUCCCUCUCAGCUACCAUCGUAUUCCCUCUCAGCUACCAUCGUAUUCCCUCUCAGCUACCAUCGUAUUCCCUCUCAGCUACCAUCGUAUUCCCUCUCAGCUACCAUCGUAUUCCCUCUCAGCUACCAUCGUAUUCCCUCUCAGCUACCAUCGUAUUCCCUCUCAGCUACCAUCGUAUUCCCUCUCAGCUACCAUCGUAUUCCCUCUCAGCUACCAUCGUAUUCCCUCUCAGCUACCAUCGUAUUCCCUCUCAGCUACCAUCGUAUUCCCUCUCAGCUACCAUCGUAUUCCCUCUCAGCUACCAUCGUAUUCCCUCUCUCCUACCAUCGUAUUCCCUCUCAGGUACCAUCGUAUUCCCUCUCUGCUACCAUCGUAUUCCCUCUCAGCUACCAUCGUAUUCCCUCUCAGCUACCAUCGUAUUCCCUCUCAGCUACCAUCGUAUUCCCUCUCAGCUACCAUCGUAUUCCCUCUCAGCUACCAUCGUAUUCCCUCUCAGCUACCAUCGUAUUCCCUCUCAGCUACCAUCGUAUUCCCUCUCUGCUACCAUCGUAUUCCCUCUCAGCUACCAUCGUAUUCCCUCUCAGCUACCAUCGUAUUCCCUCUCUGCUACCAUCGUAUUCCCUCUCAGCUACCAUCGUAUUCCCUCUCUGCUACCAUCGUAUUCCCUCUCAGCUACCAUCGUAUUCCCUCUCAGCUACCAUCGUAUUCCCUCUCUGCUACCAUCGUAUUCCCUCUCAGCUACCAUCGUAUUCCCUCUCAGCUACCAUCGUAUUCCCUCUCAGCUACCAUCGUAUUCCCUCUCAGCUACCAUCGUAUUCCCUCUCAGCUACCAUCGUAUUCCCUCUCAGCUACCAUCGUAUUCCCUCUCAGCUACCAUCGUAUUCCCUCUCUGCUACCAUCGUAUUCCCUCUCAGCUACCAUCGUAUUCCCUCUCAGCUACCAUCGUAUUCCCUCUCUGCUACCAUCGUAUUCCCUCUCAGCUACCAUCGUAUUCCCUCUCUGCUACCAUCGUAUUCCCUCUCAGCUACCAUCGUAUUCCCUCUCUGCUACCAUCGUAUUCCCUCUCUGCUACCAUCGUAUUCCCUCUCUGCUACCAUCGUAUUCCCUCUCUGCUACCAUCGUAUUCCCUCUCAGCUACCAUCGUAUUCCCUCUCUGCUACCAUCGUAUUCCCUCUCUGCUACCAUCGUAUUCCCUCUCUGCUACCAUCGUAUUCCCUCUCAGCUACCAUCGUAUUCCCUCUCUGCUACCAUCGUAUUCCCUCUCAGCUACCAUCGUAUUCCCUCUCAGCUACCAUCGUAUUCCCUCUCAGCUACCAUCGUAUUCCCUCUCAGCUACCAUCGUAUUCCCUCUCAGCUACCAUCGUAUUCCCUCUCAGCUACCAUCGUAUUCCCUCUCAGCUACCAUCGUAUUCCCUCUCAGCUACCAUCGUAUUCCCUCUCAGCUACCAUCGUAUUCCCUCUCAGCUACCAUCGUAUUCCCUCUCUGCUACCAUCGUAUUCCCUCUCAGCUACCAUCGUAUUCCCUCUCAGCUACCAUCGUAUUCCCUCUCUGCUACCAUCGUAUUCCCUCUCUGCUACCAUCGUAUUCCCUCUCAGCUACCAUCGUAUUCCCUCUCUGCUACCAUCGUAUUCCCUCUCAGCUACCAUCGUAUUCCCUCUCAGCUACCAUCGUAUUCCCUCUCUGCUACCAUCGUAUUCCCUCUCAGCUACCAUCGUAUUCCCUCUCUGCUACCAUCGUAUUCCCUCUCAGCUACCAUCGUAUUCCCUCUCAGCUACCAUCGUAUUCCCUCUCAGCUACCAUCGUAUUCCCUCUCAGCUACCAUCGUAUUCCCUCUCAGCUACCAUCGUAUUCCCUCUCAGCUACCAUCGUAUUCCCUCUCAGCUACCAUCGUAUUCCCUCUCAGCUACCAUCGUAUUCCCUCUCUGCUACCAUCGUAUUCCCUCUCAGCUACCAUCGUAUUCCCUCUCAGCUACCAUCGUAUUCCCUCUCUGCUACCAUCGUAUUCCCUCUCAGCUACCAUCGUAUUCCCUCUCAGCUACCAUCGUAUUCCCUCUCAGCUACCAUCGUAUUCCCUCUCAGCUACCAUCGUAUUCCCUCUCUGCUACCAUCGUAUUCCCUCUCUGCUACCAUCGUAUUCCCUCUCUGCUACCAUCGUAUUCCCUCUCUGCUACCAUCGUAUUCCCUCUCAGCUACCAUCGUAUUCCCUCUCUGCUACCAUCGUAUUCCCUCUCAGCUACCAUCGUAUUCCCUCUCUGCUACCAUCGUAUUCCCUCUCUGCUACCAUCGUAUUCCCUCUCUGCUACCAUCGUAUUCCCUCUCUGCUACCAUCGUAUUCCCUCUCUGCUACCAUCGUAUUCCCUCUCUGCUACCAUCGUAUUCCCUCUCUGCUACCAUCGUAUUCCCUCUCUGCUACCAUCGUAUUCCCUCUCAGCUACCAUCGUAUUCCCUCUCAGCUACCAUCGUAUUCCCUCUCAGCUACCAUCGUAUUCCCUCUCAGCUACCAUCGUAUUCCCUCUCAGCUACCAUCGUAUUCCCUCUCAGCUACCAUCGUAUUCCCUCUCAGCUACCAUCGUAUUCCCUCUCAGCUACCAUCGUAUUCCCUCUCAGCUACCAUCGUAUUCCCUCUCAGCUACCAUCGUAUUCCCUCUCUGCUACCAUCGUAUUCCCCCUCUACUACCAUCGUAUUCCCUCUCUGCUACCAUCGUAUUCCCUCUCAGCUACCAUCGUAUUCCCUCUCUGCUACCAUCGUAUUCCCUCUCAGCUACCAUCGUAUUCCCUCUCUGCUACCAUCGUAUUCCCUCUCAGCUACCAUCGUAUUCCCUCUCUGCUACCAUCGUAUUCCCUCUCAGCUACCAUCGUAUUCCCUCUCUGCUACCAUCGUAUUCCCUCUCAGCUACCAUCGUAUUCCCUCUCAGCUACCAUCGUAUUCCCUCUCUGCUACCAUCGUAUUCCCUCUCUGCUACCAUCGUAUUCCCUCUCAGCUACCAUCGUAUUCCCUCUCUGCUACCAUCGUAUUCCCUCUCAGCUACCAUCGUAUUCCCUCUCAGCUACCAUCGUAUUCCCUCUCUGCUACCAUCGUAUUCCCUCUCAGCUACCAUCGUAUUCCCUCUCUGCUACCAUCGUAUUCCCUCUCAGCUACCAUCGUAUUCCCUCUCUGCUACCAUCGUAUUCCCUCUCAGCUACCAUCGUAUUCCCUCUCUGCUACCAUCGUAUUCCCUCUCUGCUACCAUCGUAUUCCCUCUCUGCUACCAUCGUAUUCCCUCUCAGCUACCAUCGUAUUCCCUCUCAGCUACCAUCGUAUUCCCUCUCUGCUACCAUCGUAUUCCCUCUCUGCUACCAUCGUAUUCCCUCUCUGCUACCAUCGUAUUCCCUCUCAGCUACCAUCGUAUUCCCUCUCUGCUACCAUCGUAUUCCCUCUCUGCUACCAUCGUAUUCCCUCUCUGCUACCAUCGUAUUCCCUCUCAGCUACCAUCGUAUUCCCUCUCAGCUACCAUCGUAUUCCCUCUCUGCUACCAUCGUAUUCCCUCUCUGCUACCAUCGUAUUCCCUCUCAGCUACCAUCGUAUUCCCUCUCUGCUACCAUCGUAUUCCCUCUCAGCUACCAUCGUAUUCCCUCUCAGCUACCAUCGUAUUCCCUCUCAGCUACCAUCGUAUUCCCUCUCAGCUACCAUCGUAUUCCCUCUCAGCUACCAUCGUAUUCCCUCUCAGCUACCAUCGUAUUCCCUCUCAGCUACCAUCGUAUUCCCUCUCAGCUACCAUCGUAUUCCCUCUCAGCUACCAUCGUAUUCCCUCUCUGCUACCAUCGUAUUCCCUCUCAGCUACCAUCGUAUUCCCUCUCAGCUACCAUCGUAUUCCCUCUCUGCUACCAUCGUAUUCCCUCUCAGCUACCAUCGUAUUCCCUCUCAGCUACCAUCGUAUUCCCUCUCAGCUACCAUCGUAUUCCCUCUCAGCUACCAUCGUAUUCCCUCUCUGCUACCAUCGUAUUCCCUCUCUGCUACCAUCGUAUUCCCUCUCUGCUACCAUCGUAUUCCCUCUCUGCUACCAUCGUAUUCCCUCUCAGCUACCAUCGUAUUCCCUCUCUGCUACCAUCGUAUUCCCUCUCAGCUACCAUCGUAUUCCCUCUCUGCUACCAUCGUAUUCCCUCUCUGCUACCAUCGUAUUCCCUCUCUGCUACCAUCGUAUUCCCUCUCUGCUACCAUCGUAUUCCCUCUCUGCUACCAUCGUAUUCCCUCUCUGCUACCAUCGUAUUCCCUCUCUGCUACCAUCGUAUUCCCUCUCUGCUACCAUCGUAUUCCCUCUCAGCUACCAUCGUAUUCCCUCUCAGCUACCAUCGUAUUCCCUCUCAGCUACCAUCGUAUUCCCUCUCAGCUACCAUCGUAUUCCCUCUCAGCUACCAUCGUAUUCCCUCUCAGCUACCAUCGUAUUCCCUCUCAGCUACCAUCGUAUUCCCUCUCAGCUACCAUCGUAUUCCCUCUCAGCUACCAUCGUAUUCCCUCUCAGCUACCAUCGUAUUCCCUCUCUGCUACCAUCGUAUUCCCUCUCUGCUACCAUCGUAUUCCCUCUCUGCUACCAUCGUAUUCCCUCUCAGCUACCAUCGUAUUCCCUCUCUGCUACCAUCGUAUUCCCUCUCAGCUACCAUCGUAUUCCCUCUCAGCUACCAUCGUAUUCCCUCUCUGCUACCAUCGUAUUCCCUCUCAGCUACCAUCGUAUUCCCUCUCAGCUACCAUCGUAUUCCCUCUCAGCUACCAUCGUAUUCCCUCUCAGCUACCAUCGUAUUCCCUCUCAGCUACCAUCGUAUUCCCUCUCAGCUACCAUCGUAUUCCCUCUCUGCUACCAUCGUAUUCCCUCUCAGCUACCAUCGUAUUCCCUCUCAGCUACCAUCGUAUUCCCUCUCAGCUACCAUCGUAUUCCCUCUCAGCUACCAUCGUAUUCCCUCUCAGCUACCAUCGUAUUCCCUCUCAGCUACCAUCGUAUUCCCUCUCAGCUACCAUCGUAUUCCCUCUCUGCUACCAUCGUAUUCCCUCUCAGCUACCAUCGUAUUCCCUCUCAGCUACCAUCGUAUUCCCUCUCAGCUACCAUCGUAUUCCCUCUCUGCUACCAUCGUAUUCCCUCUCAGCUACCAUCGUAUUCCCUCUCAGCUACCAUCGUAUUCCCUCUCUGCUACCAUCGUAUUCCCUCUCUGCUACCAUCGUAUUCCCUCUCAGCUACCAUCGUAUUCCCUCUCAGCUACCAUCGUAUUCCCUCUCUGCUACCAUCGUAUUCCCUCUCAGCUACCAUCGUAUUCCCUCUCAGCUACCAUCGUAUUCCCUCUCAGCUACCAUCGUAUUCCCUCUCUGCUACCAUCGUAUUCCCUCUCAGCUACCAUCGUAUUCCCUCUCAGCUACCAUCGUAUUCCCUCUCAGCUACCAUCGUAUUCCCUCUCUGCUACCAUCGUAUUCCCUCUCAGCUACCCUCUUACUUACAAUCUGA